AAAUAAACUAAAAAACUCAAACCUUUCCUUGCCUUUGCCGACAGUCACAGCCCCAAUUCUCUCGUGAACUCCUCCACAACUGUUCUCAUCCCCUCUUGCUCGCUCUCUUUCUCCUCAAUCUUUCUGUCUCCGGCCACCUCUAUCCACCUAAUUCUUUCCGGCGAUAAGCUCAGGAUUACUUAGUUUCCUUAUUUGUUAUGCUGUGUUAAUUCGACUCGGUCGGACACCGUUGUGCGUUCGUCGGAGCUCCAAAGGCUGUUGUGACUUUGUUAAUCAUUGUGCAGAUAGCCAAGGGUAUGGAGAGAAAGGGCUGGUUGAUAAUCGCAAUUAUCAUAUGUUUGUUGACUUUGUUCACACUCUCAUCAUGUCGUGAAUUAAAGUUGACGGUGAAACAUAAGCAUAAUAAGCAUCACCAGUUGGGAAUAUUCAAUCACACUCUUGCUAAAAUACUGGUUCAAUAUUCUUCAGCCGUAUAUAUGUCGGACUUGACCGAGUUGUUUACAUGGACUUGCUCAAGGUGUGAUGGUCUAACUGAGGGAUUUGAGGUGAUCGAGCUGAUUGUUGAUGUUAAGCGGUGCCUGCAGGGAUUUGUUGGUGUUGCAACUGACCUUAAUGCCAUUGUGAUUGCAUUCAGGGGAACCCAAGAACACAGUAUUCAAAACUGGGUGGAAGAUUUGUACUGGAAGCAGCUCGAUAUCGAUUACCCUGGAGUUGAUGGUGCUAUGGUACAUCAUGGUUUUUAUACCGCUUAUCACAACACAUCCUUACGGCCUGGAGUUAUAAACGCAGUUCGAAAAGCAAAGGAGUUGUAUGGUGACAUUAAGAUAAUGGUAACUGGACACUCAAUGGGAGGGGCAAUGGCUGCCUUUUGUGCACUUGAUCUCCGUCUCAGUCUCAGGGAACAGAAUGUUCAGGUUAUGACAUAUGGGCAACCUAGGAUUGGAAAUGCUGCCUUCGCAUCUUACUUUAACCAAAUUGUGCCUGAUUCAAUCCGCAUAACGAAUGGGCAUGAUAUUGUGCCACAUUUGCCACCAUAUUACUAUUAUUUUCCUCAAAAGACGUAUCAUCAUUUUGCUAGAGAGGUUUGGCUAUACAAUAUUGGGUUUGGGAGCUUGAUUUACACAGUUGAAAAGAUUUGUGAUGACUCUGGAGAAGACCCGUCUUGUAGCAGGCAAGUGUCAGUGAGUGGAAACAGUAUAUCUGAUCACCUGACUUACUAUGGUGUUCAAAUGGGAUGUGAUGAGUCAAUCUCAUGCAAAAUGGUCAUGGAUCCACGUGUUGCUGCUUAUGGUUUAACCGAUCACGAGGGGAACAUCAUAUUGUCCAAGGAUCCAUCAACGCCUAUUUUAAAAAUGGAUGUUGGUAGAGUAAGUAAGGACAACUCAGUUUAGAUAAAUAGACCGAUCACAGUCAAUUUUUUCAAAGGUGGAUAGUGAUUAUAAGCAGCUGGGUUUCGAUUCGGAUUUGGAUGAGGGUCGAUUGUAUAUAGAAAUUGUUGAUACAAAAUAUUAAGUACAUGUCUAUGUGAAUAAACUACAACUUGUGUGAAUAAUAGUACCAUGUUUCUUCCAAAAGAAACUCUGUUAUUGGCAAUAAUAAUUGUGUAUGUAUGUGUGACACUUAAUAUCCCCCCUUAUAUAUUAAUUGAGAACGUGUUGAGCCUAUGUGGCAAGCUCGCAUGCUUCGGGAUCCUAUGUGGCAAAAUUACAUGCUUCGUUAUUAGGCUUGGAUAGGUUUGGAUUAUCUAUAAAUAUGUUGAUUAUUUAUGGUAAGGGUGGGCGUGGUCCGGAACGAUCUUGGAUUUGACUUGUCCGCAUACCCAUCCCAUUUUUAUGA